GUACUGUCAGCGCGUCUGCGGACGCUCGGCUCAGUUCGCGCCUAGGCGUCGAAGGUGGCGAUUGUGCUCUCGCAACGCAGCACUCGCGAAACUCUUCCCCUCCUGGUCCCGAGCUUCGAGAGGAAGACAUCUUUCGGACCUUUCUCUCCGUCCUAAGCGAGGCGUCGGCGGCCUGCGCGGAAGGUGCUUGAUACCGGAAGCAGCUCGGCUGCCGCCGCCAUGCCCAACUACGUGAACGACUUGUGGCCCGGCUCCCCGCAGGACAAGGACUCGCCCUCGGCGUCGCGGUCGGGCCGCUCCAGCCGACUGUCCUCGCGGUCCCGGAGCCGCUCUUCGUCCCGGAGCUCCCGGCCCGACUCCCGCGGCUCGAGCCGCUCUUCGUCCCGGAGUCGCAGCCCGCCCCGCCCCUGGCGCCGGAGCCGGUCCAGGUCGCGCUCGAGGAGGCGCCAGCAGCGGAAGUUCCGGCGCUACUCGCGCUCGUACUCGCGGAGCCGCUCGCGCUCCCGCAGCCGCCGCUACCGGGAUCGGCGCCCGGGCCGGCUGCGGAGGCCCCGCCGCUCCCGCAGCAGCUCGCGCUCGCCCUUGCGGGGACGCGCGUACUGCCGGCGGCCCGAGAGCGCGCUCGCGCGGGGCCGCCGCUACUACGGCUUCGGCCGCACCGUGUACCCCGAGGAGCACGGCCGCUGGCGGGACAGGUCCCGCACCAGGUCGCGGAGCAGGACCCCCUUCCGACUCAGCGACAAAGAUCGAAUGGAGCUGUUAGAAAUAGCAAAAGCCAAUGCAGCGAAAGCUUUGGGAACAACAAACUUUGACUUGCCAGCAAGCCUCAGAACUGUUCCUGUAGCUAAAGAAACAAGCCAAGGAACAACUGCACCAAGUAGUGGGGCAAAGUUUAAGCUGUUGGAAAAGCAAACAGAAGAUGGAACUAAAAACCCCAGUGAAAAAUCACAACAAAGAAACAUAACUUUCAGCGUUAAUAAUUCUGUAGCAAAACCAAUACAGAAAACAGCUAAAGCUACUGAAGAGACAUCUUCAGGAUUGCCAAAAAUAGAUAAGAAAAAAAGUCCUUAUGGACUAUGGAUACCUGUCUAAAAGAAGAAAACUUCUGAGAUUGCUUAAAACUGCACUUUAUUGCAAGUUCCUAUUUGUAGCAUUAUCUCAUCCCCUCGAGUCAUUUAGCAGUAAUUGUUGGAAUGAAAAAACAAUACAAAUACAUAUACAUAAUAGUAAAAUGUUAACAUUUUAGGUUUUUCUUGAAGCUACAAGACCACAAGUGGACCAGAGAUUACAUACAGGUGGGAGUUUGUAUAUAUACUUGUAAAUAUUGUAUGAUAUUGGUUAUAUAAAAGUGAAAUUUUUAAGACAUAGUGA